GUAUAUGCAAACCAGAACCGGGCUCCCCACGGCUGGCCGACCCGGGCCUGGGCUGUGGCUGUGACUGGCGCUGCCGUGGGCGCCGCAGCCCUCGCGGGAGCCGGACGCGGUAAUGCCCCAGCGGCGCAGCGGGCGGCUGCGUCCCUGAGCCGCUAUAUAAGCGCGGCACGGGACACCCGGAGGGGCUGAAGAUGAAGGUGCCCGCGCACGGGCCCCCGCUGAUUGCCUGUCCCUCCCGAGCCCGCGCCCCGCGCGGAGCCCGAGGCCGCCGAGGACCCGCCUUCGCCGCAGUAGCAGCUGGAGCAGCGACAGAGGCGGCAGCUGCGACGGCGGCGCCCGCGCCCCUCGCGCCAGCGCGUAGAGCGGCGGCCGCAGCUCGGGGGCCGCCACUGCCCCGGCUGCCAUGAGUUGUGCGGAGGUGAUGUAUCACCCCCAGCCGUAUGGAGCGUCCCAGUAUCUGCCCAACCCCAUGGCAGCGACAACCUGCCCCACAGCCUACUACCAGCCGGCGCCCCAACCUGGCCAGCAGAAGAAGUUAGCGGUAUUCAGCAAGAUGCAGGACUCUCUGGAAGUCACCCUUCCCAGCAAACAAGAGGAGGAGGAUGAGGAGGAGGAGGAGGAGGAGAAAGACCAGCCUGCCGAGAUGGAGUACCUUAACUCUCGCUGUGUCCUUUUCACUUAUUUCCAGGGAGACAUUGGGUCAGUAGUGGAUGAACACUUCUCAAGAGCUUUGGGCCAAGCCAUCACCCUCCAUCCAGAAUCUGCCAUUUCAAAAAGCAAGAUGGGGCUAACCCCCCUAUGGCGAGACAGCUCAGCUCUCUCAAGCCAACGGAAUAGUUUCCCAACUUCCUUUUGGACCAGCUCUUACCAGCCCCCACCUACACCUUGUCUGGGGGGAGUUCAUCCUGACUUCCAGGUCGCUGGACCCCCUGGCACCUUUUCUGCAGCUGAUCCCAGUCCUUGGCCAGGACACAGCCUGCAUCAGACUGGCCCAGCCCCUCCCCCUGCUGUGUCUGAGUCCUGGCCUUAUCCUUUGACAUCUCAGGUGAGCCCAUCCUACAGCCAUAUGCAUGACGUGUACAUGCGGCACCACCACCCUCAUGCCCACAUGCGCCACCGCCACCACCAUCACCACCAUCACCACCGUCCUGCUGGUUCUGCCCUGGAUCCAUCCUAUGGGCCUCUGCUGAUGCCUUCAGUGCACGCGGCCAGGAUUCCUGCUCCCCAGUGUGACAUCACAAAGACAGAACCCACUACAGUCACCUCUGCUACCUCAGCAUGGGCUGGAGCCUUCCAUGGAACAGUAGACAUAGUGCCAAGUGUGGGAUUUGAUACAGGUCUACAGCAUCAAGACAAGAGUAAGGAAUCACCAUGGUACUGAAACACACAAUCUUAGUGAGUUAAGUUGCAGCAUAAAUCCAAGGGCCCACUGGGAAAACAUACCGUCAGGAUUUUCCAUUCAGCAAUAGGACAUGAAGAAAGGCACGGAAGGAGAAGACAAAGUGUCACGCAGUUGACUGGGUUUCGGCCUUUCUUGAGAAAGCAAAGUGGGUCCUAGACAUUGAAGAAAAGCAUUUUUAUUUGUUUUUUUCCUCAUCUGAGCCUUUGCCAACUGUGCAACUCUCUCCUUUUGUUAUCUUGCUUUUAUCAGUAUAUAGCUAAUUUUUUGUUUCAUUUUGAUUUUUUUUUUUUUUCACCAACCACCUUUUCAGGAAAGGAUGAACCACACAUUAAAAUGCUCAUUCUUUCAGGAAUACAAGUUUGCAGCUCUAUGUGCAUCUAUUUUUGUAGAAAUACAAAAAAGUUGGUUUAGCAUUGAUGGGCUAUUUUUGAGGGAUGUAUUUUUUUUAAUAUUGUAAAAAUUGUUGAGUUCUGUUUAAAGAACUUGCUCUCAGAGAAGCACUGGCAAAAAUUUUUAAAAUGCUUAUCUCUCAGAUGUCUAUUAUAUGCUCUGUCUGUGCUUUCUAAGUUACCUCAAAUGUUUUGUGUUUUGUCCUUUUUACAAAAGUAGGUAUACCAUAGACAAACCAAUGCAGUAUUGUUUUUACAUUGAAUCGCAGUAACAAUUUAAUUCCACGCUAGCUCAAUUAGUUUUAAAUUAUAUGUAUAGCUUGAAAAGUUUUUUUUAAAUGACCAUACUAAAGAAAUGAUAUUUCAUUGCUUUGAUUUCUCCCAAAGAAAUAACUUGGAGGUUGACUAAUAAGAAAGUUGGCAUAAACUUUCAAUUAGAUGAAGAAUUUGCCCACAGGAGACUAAUUAUCUUUCUAGCCCAUCCAAAUUUGAUAAAUGGAACCAGAGGUUAUACACAACUACAAGGAAAAAACUGCAUUUAACCAUGCUACCUGCGAGUGCCAGUGACUUACUUUACUUGCUUCUAAUUGUUCAUUCAUGGCAAUUUAAAAAGUCGUAUUUUAAGUAUUUAAGGGGUUUGUUUUUCCUGAAGAGCAUUUGAAGGAACAAUAUCUGGGAAGGCACUAGAGAAAUUACAAAGCCCUAGCUCUUUCUUAUAAUGCCACCUAUCACUGUAAACUAAAACAAACAAACACAAAAUUCUAUGUGUAAUAGUUUAAACACAGAACUUAAAUCUUUUUGUUUGUUUGUUUAAAUCUGGCUUUACUUGAUUUAAUUAUUUUUAGAAAGAAAUUUAGGGCAAAAUAAAGUGUAUAUUAGGAUUUAAAUGUAUGCCACAAUUUAAAAAUAAAACCAGAGAUCAUAUACAAUUUAAAUUGGGCUAAAAAUUAAAAAUUUGAGAAUUUAACUUGAUAUGACUCUCAGGAUCUAAAUAAAGUUGAAAUUAUCAUUAAGACACUGCUAGGAGAAGAUUAAGAUUAUGAAAUUAGCAGUUAUUGAUACUGUUGAGACUUCAAAGGCAAAGUUCAUUUCUUCCAUCAACUGCUUCCAGAGAUGUCAUGUAAAAAAGUUAGUGUAAUAUGGAAGUUUUUUAGUUUUAUGAAGAGAUUUUUUCAAAUUUCUCCCAUUUUUCUCUCCACCACAUAAAAUAGUAUGUUCAGUGAAAUGCCACUUUAUAUCUUUAAUUACUCAUACGUUAUAUGUGAGCUUUUUAGACAUGAACAUGGCAUGUUCAAAUAGGCAGUGUUGUCAUAGAUAAUUUUCAAAUAUUUUCCUUGGCUGUAAUUUAUGUAUUCAUUUAUACACUAUCCAUCUUUUGAGUUUCAGAUCUAUAUAUUCUCUUGUACUGUCAUCACUCCACACUUUGCUGUUUCUUACCUAGACUUUCUUUUACACAAUAUGCACAUUUUUACCAAUGUGGGGUCCAAAUUUAAGAUACCUUCCACUCACUAAUAAUAUGAACUUAUAUUUCCUGGGAGUAGCCUGGUUAAAUUUUCUAUACUUUGGUCCAUAAUUUGAUUUGAUAUGAUUGUUUCAUUUAUAAUUUGCCCAAAUACAUGGAGCACAAAAUUGUGUGAAUUUAUAAAUCUGGUUUUGCCUUGUGUCCUUCUGAAUUUUCAAAGACAAGUGUUCAUCAGUUCCCAUGUGAUGACUCACAGGGUUAUUUACCUCAACCGCAUCCACCUUUGGACUACAUUAACUUCCUUUGUAAUUUAUGUGAAAGUAGUGUUAUACUCAAACUCAUUCAGAUCAUUCAGUUGGAUUUUCCCAAUGAAGAGGAGAAGGAAAGUAGUUACUCCUUGCUCCAUUUCUUAUUUUCCACCAAAUUUAAUUGAAGGGCAUUACUUAGAUGUCUUCACCUUGAAUUUAGACUUUGCUCUGUGUCUUUCCUGAUAACUGUCAGACAAAAAAUUUAUUGGCUCUGAGGACCAGAGAAAUGUUGGGAACCUGGUUUCUGCUGUACAGAGGAAAGAUUUGUAAGUGAGCUCUCUCUUUGAAAACAGGACCCAGGCUGGGCACGGUGGCUCAUGCCUAUAAUCCUAGCAUUAUGGGAGGCAGAGGCUCAGGAGGAUUGCUUGAGCCCAAGAGUUCAAGAUCGGCCUGGGCAACAUGGGGAGACCCUAUCCCUACAAAAAAUUUCUGAAAAACUACCUGGGCAUUGUGGUGCACAACUCUUCUCCCAGCUACUCUGGAGUCUGAGUCAGGAGGACCAUUUGAGCCCGGCAGUUUGAGUUUGCAGUUUGCAGUGAGCUGUGAUUGCACCACUAUACUCCAACUUGGGCCACAGAGCAAGAUCUUGUCUCAAAAAGAAAAAGGAAAAAGAAAACAGGCCCUAGGUGUUUGGUAUACACUGCCACCCAGAGAGUGGAUCAAAAAUAUAAAUAGAGAAUGAGCAUGUCUCUACAAUUGUCUUCUAGGACCAUAUUGCUGUUACCACCAGAAGCCCUAAAAAAGGAUGGGUUGUAAUUUAGCAUAAUAUUCUGAAUUCAUUCCAAGUUUAAAAUUCUGUCAUUCUCUGGCUCUUCUUUUUUCACAUCAAAAUGAUGCUGUUGGACUUAGAGGCUGCUGAACUGUUUUUAUGAGGGCUGCCAUCUGCCUCCACAAUUUUAUUAAAACCACUCCACCUUUAGACAAAGGUGACUUUUGUCUGAUUUUACAAAUCAGAUUUAUUCAAGCUUUCUAAAUAUCUGUGAACUAGAGCCUAGAAAAUCAUCUCAUUUAUUUUAAAUAGAAUAUGUGCUUCCACCAAUAAACCAUCGGGAGCUAAGAAACAACAUAAUGUUGACAAAUCAGGAACCUAACAGAUUAUUUUGUCUCUCAUUGCUAGUUUGAAAGAGCCUCUGAACUUUUGAGAAAUCAAUGUGUCUUCUUAAGAACGUUAAGCACCCUCUCUUAACUUUCCCCUCUAUUUGCUUCCUUUUCUCUUUCUUCUUAAGAGUAUUUGUAUUAUUUUGUUAAGCAAAAAUGGCCAAAAUUGCUCUAAAAUUUGCAAAAUGAGAAAGAAUGGUUUGCAAAUAAUUGAGGGAUUUACUUCUUUAACUUUAUAAGACUUAAAAAAAAAAAAAAAACCCAAAUUCUAGGCACUGACAUGAAAGUUGCCUUUGAGAAGCUUGUUAUUCAUUUUGCAAAAAGUAUUUGCCCAUUCCUAUUCUAAGAUUUGCAGAAUAUGUCACACUAUCUGGCUUUUGAGUUUGCUAUCUGGUUUAAUGUUGUAUUUAUAAUUUAAAGUGGCAAUCAGAAACUGUAUUUCAAAGACCUGUAUUCUAUCCCUUACUGAGUGUCCCUUCUUUAAAUAGUGUUUGCUGAACUAAGCCGGUGGGGGCAGUGGCAUUAAGUGGUGGAAAAAGGAAAGUACUUAUGUUAGAGUUUUGACUGACGGAUAAAUAGAAAGCAGAAUGAAUUAAUGGAAAAGAGUUUGGCUGUUAGGCCAUUCUCUAAAUUCUAGUUUAGCCACAAUUUUAUGUGUGGUUUGGGCGUUAUUUAUUUAUCUCAUGAGUAAAAUGGGAUAAUACCUGACAGGCAGGCUGUGGAAGUUGUAAAUCACAUACACGCGCACACACACACCCACACACACACACACACACACACACACACGAUCAAUCAUCUGGCUCAUAUUAGAUGUUCAAUAAAUAACAGCUACUAGAGAUGCCUAUCAGUUGAGUAAGUAGUUCCUUAAAUUGAGCUCCCAAAGGUCUCUUUUCUUCACAUCCGUAUUCGUUUCUGUAGCAAUCAUGAUUGUUUUUCUGUAAGAAAGUACUACAAAAAGAAUCUUUGUCUCCUACUAACUGUCCCUCCUACCUGGUAUAGGAGAUAAAUGUACAUUUCUUAAUUAGCUGACUUUUUAGUGUAUCAUUUCUGAAGGAAAAAUAAAUUAAUCUUAUAGUGGCUUGUAGGUCCAACUCAGUUUUCUUACAUGUUCCAAAAUUUUAUUUAAAUUACUGUGUCCAAAAUUGUGAGGACUGUGUCAUUCAUUCACCAUGGUUUAUAUUUUUAGUUAUAUAUCGAACUUCCUUGGCACCUAGGAUAAGAACAUUUCUUUUGAAGUUCUCCGAUUUUUUAAAUUUUUACUUGACUUGAAGGAAAGUUGCAAAAUAUGGUGGAAAAAAUCUUCCGCAUUAAAAGGGGGAAAAAACACAACCAUUUAUGAUCUCAGUCAGCAGAUUUACUCUACUCAAGGAAAAAAAGAAACCACCUUAUUGGAAGCAGAUGUUGACACUAUGUCAGUUAUUGAAGAUGGAAGGAGUUCACUUGAGCCAUUGCAGUUACAAAGGGGUAUUGAUGGCAGUUCGAAUUCCUGAUUGAUUACCUUUGCAGCCAAGGGAAAGACAGCAGAAACUGUAUGGGAUCAGAAAUGAAAUCAGCCAAUUUAAUGGAGAGGCUCCUAGAAACUCAUUUUUUUUCUUUCCUGUAAGAUAAAAGACAUCUUUCAGAAGAAGAAAGGCUUGUUUGAGAGAGAAAUUACAGUUUAUUCUCUGAAAAUAUUUAAAAGCCAAAGUGCCCUUUAAAUCUAUUAUUAAAGCAUUAAAAGUAUUAUUAAAAUCAUUUUAGAAAAAUUAGGCAAAAAUGUUAGCCUUUCAACAUCCAAUGGAACAUAGAUUUAGCCUUUCAACAUCCAAUGGAACAUAGAAAACAAACAUAGAACCUAUAAAAAAGUGAAUGGUUCUGGCAAGUGGGGGCAUGAGUGGAGCCUAUAAGGAAACCUCAGUCUCGAUAACUUCAAAAUGUUACUUUCCUUGGUAAUUUGAUCAUGGAGAUUGGUCACAGCACAAACAUUUAGAAUUUUUUAGCAGGUUUUUUUUUUUUCUUUUUAAUCUUGUAGUGCUCUCUGGGAAUUGCACCAUGUACACUUUUCCAACCUAUAGAAAUCAUCAUUAUUGUUAAAUUAUCUCAAUUUUUCCAUUUCUUUUAUUAUCUAUUGUGCUUUUUUGUUUAAAAAUACUGUUAUAGUUUUAAAGUAUUGAUCAAAGUAGUAUUCUCUUGAAGUCGUAGUCAAUUUAAUUUGAUCCAGUAAGUUUUUCUGAAUCUCCUUUUUACGUUGUAAUAAAUUCUAUUAUAAUUAAGUGUACUUUUAUCAAUUCCAUUGUAUAAGCAAACAGACACCUUUCAGAAAAGGAUAAGUAAUCAUCAAUUUGUUUUUUUUAAAAAAACAAUUUCUAGACUACUAAAUUUGGUAUAAGAAUAAUGCUUUUAAAAUGCAAAUACUUUAAUUAGUCUUUGGGUAUACACAUAAGAUGUGAACUUUCCUAUUGAUAUCUCUUUAUAUUAAUAGAGAUGUACAUUUCUUUCUAUGCUGUGGCUAGAGCAAAAGUUAAUAAUGAUCAUUUACACAACUGAUUUAAUUUCUUAGGAUAUGUACAAUAUUGAAUAUUAUAUCUGAUUUAAAAAUACUAUUCCAUACAUUUUUUUCAGGAAAUAAAACAUAGAGAAAGGUUUUCAUGUGAAUUCUUUGUAUCAUUUUAAAGUACAUAUAUUUAAAGGGAAGAUAUGGAUACAAUUUGUUUUUAUGAUAUAAAUCUAGGUAAGGUGAAAUGCUUUUGUGAACAAAAAUACAGUGUAGUGAAUUUUAUAUCUGUCACUUGAUUAGAUAAAAUGAAAACUAAUAGAAACAUUAUUUUAGUGCAUUGAAAUACCAUGAAAUUUCAGACUUGUUAGUUCUACAAGCAGUUAUGCUACCUUAAUUUUGUGUUUCCAGAAAUAAAAAUUAACCUUAGUUAUGCUGUCAUUCUGAAUUAAUAAAAAAUGUAUAACUCAUAAAAUUUUUGGCUUUAUAAGAUAAUUAUGAAAUUAUAUAUUUUUUCUGUUUUUGUGGGGCUGGGAAAACAUUUUCUUAUUUCUGUUCACUCUUCAAAUGCAGGUCUCAUAACGUGUCAAUGAUACCAGAUGAUGGAAGACUUUGUAAUAAAAACAGAUGUCAUUAUCUUCAAUUUGUUCAAUAAAUAAUUUAAUGUGAAUUGAAUGUUUAUAUUUUAAUGUAGCAUUUGGAUUUGGUCUGCAUUUCUUGAGAAUUUAAAUCACUUUUUGUUUCCUUCUUAUUCAGUUAAGCAUCUUAUAAAUAUUUUGGAAAUUGCAACAUCUUAGGUGUUUUUAAUUAAGAAGUUAAUUUCUAGGACCAAGAAGUCUAUAUGUUACAGCAAGGAAUAGAUUAUAAAACACAUGUUUAUAUUGGAAAAGCAAAUGAAAUGGGGUACAUUAAUUACAUAACAGCAAGAGUCUUGAGAAUUUUAUAAUACAAUGCUUCUAAGGAUAUUGGUUGACUAAGGCGUAUUUUGUUGUUUUUACAUUUGUUGACAGGGACCCUGCCAUAAGUAAUAUGAAAAAACAAACAAAAACUUUUCUACAAUGCAUUAACAUUGAAAAGAGAAUACAAGACCGUGUAUUCUGAAGAAAGCUAGAGUUUCUCUGCGUGGGCCCUCAAUUUUCUUAUUACACGUAUCUUUAAUGUGCAAGUACUAAAGUCUGAAAAUCAGCAUUUAAAUAAUAGACUUUCCAGCAUUAUAGAGGAAAUAAUUUGGCACAGGCUUUUUAACUGUCUACCACAUUUAGAAUGUGGUGUCAAAACGAGCUUUUUAGAACUGCUGUAAAAUAUUACUACAUUGCUACAACGAUAAUGGCCUAAAACAACACAAAUUUAUUAUCUUACAGCUUUUGUGGGUCAGAUAUUUGGCGAAGAUCUUAGUCUUGGUGGGCUACAGAAUGUAGGCAGCAUUUCUUCUGGAUGCUUCCUAGAGAGAAUCUUGCUGUUUCCUGGUUCUAGAGUCCUUUGCUUAGCUUCCUUCCAUCUUCAAAUCCAGCAACCUGGUCAAGGCCUUCUCACAUGGCAUCACUGACUUUCUCUUCUUCCUCUCCUACGAAUGUGUAAGGACUCAUGUGAUUACAAUAGCUGCAUCUGUAUAAUCCAGAAUAAUCUCAUCAUCUCAAGGUUUUGUUUUGUUUGGUUUGGUUUGGUUUUGAUGGCAUCUUGCUCUGUUGUCAGGCUGGAGUUCUGUGGUGGUAUCUCGGCUCACUCCGACCUCCGCCUCCUGGGUUCAAAGGAUCCCCCUGCCUCAGCCUCCCGAGUAGCUGGGACUACAGAUGCUGCUACCACACACGGCUCAUAUUUUGUAUUUUAGUAGAGAUGGGGUUUGACCAUGUUGGCCAGGAUGGUCUCCAACUCCUGACCUCCUGAUCUACCUGCCCUGGCCUCCCAAAGUGCUGGGAUUACAGGCGAAUGCCACUGUGCCCGGCUCAAGGUUCUUAAUUACAUCUUUAAAGUCCCUUUUUCCAUGUAAAAUAACAUAUUCAAUGGUUCUGGGGAUUAGGACUUGGGGCCAUUAUUCUACCUACAACAAUUAGUAUUGGACUUCCAUCAUUUUCUAUCACUCUUGUAAUCAAGAAGGACUAUUUCACUGGGAGUAGCAAGUCAUAAUGCUUGCGUUGGCAUUUGUGUGGGGUUUUGUCUUCAUUCAUCAAAUAAUUGCAUAUAAAGAAAAUUUCUGUCACUAUUUCAAAUGUUUCAUGUCGUUUUUAUAGUACUUCAGAAUCCAAAGGGUUAUGUGUUACUUAUGUAAGAUGAGCAGUCUGGGGGGUGGAAAGCAGGUCAUCUAGUGCAGAUUCUUCCUAGCUGAAGUGUGUUUUCUCUGGGGACAACCAAGUACGAUUUAAUUGUUUUGCUUCCUUUUUUGGGAACAUAGGCCCAUCUUGUGAUGCCCUAAGUCUCCAAGCAUCUUAUUUGACCUGCUUAUACUCAUUUGACUAAAUAGCUAAAUAUGACCACAUUGACGUGGUAAAGCUUUAACACUUUUGUCCAGAUUGAAUCACUCCAUCUGCUAUCAGUUAAGCAGUGGAAAAACUUAUGGAAAAGCAAACAUGCUUUGAUAGAUUUAAUGUGUAAAGAGGGUAUCCACACUCUGGAAUGCUGCUGAUCAAUAAAUGAACUGCAAGACUUUGUUCGAAACAACACUCAAGCACAACUGUUUUACUUUCUAUACCAAGUUUGGCUGUGACUGAAUGAAGAACACCAGCAUUGAUCUUUGCUUUGCACUUGUACAAGAGACUAUUUGCAGAGAGCCAAAUAUAGCAACAGAGGAUUUAAUAUCUUGCCAAAAAAUACAAAAUCUGUUCCCCUUUAAGCAUGACACUCUAUCCUUUCUUGUGGAUCUUGCUAAAAGGAAAAUAUAGCUUUAAACUCCCCGACUUUUUCUCUUGAAAACUCACGAAUCUUUUUCAAAUGAGCUCUGUAUGGUUUUGUGGUGUUUUAUGUUUCCAGAAGAAAAUGGCUACACGAGAAAUCUGUCCAAUGUUAUUUUUCUUACAAAAAAUACAUCUGGUGAUGGCUGUAUUAAUUAAUUUGAUUGUGUUUACACAAUGUUUACCCAUGUCAAACCAUCGUAUGGUAUACCUUAAAUAUAUACAACUUUUAUUUGUCAACGAUAACUCAGUAAGUCUGGGAAAAUAUCUUUAAGUCAAAGGUUAGAGUCACCAGAAAUAAAGAAAAAUCAUACUUUGAUAACUUCAGGACUAAUCAAGGAUAAUUGGGUGACAUGAUAUCAUGCUGUGUGCCAUUUUGUAUUAAACAAAUUACACCAACAAUAAAAAAAAAAUUGGCUUCAA